ACCUCACAUUAUUUGUUUUGAAUGUGAACAAUUAGGCUGUGUAAUUGGUAAAGUUUUACAUUAAAAUGCAGUCUGUUAAGAGAGUUACACAAUUAAAAAAUAAUUUAAAUGUUCUCAUUGCACGAAACUUAAUUACUCAUUGUAAUAAACUACCUCCUGCAUCUAGAAGACCAUCAGAAGUUCCCAUAGUUACCAAAUUAUUUAAUCAAUUUAGACAUGAGUAUUUCUGUACGAAACCCACUAUUGAUCACGUAACGUAUGAAAGAGUGUGUGAUGAAACCCUCGAUUCCUUAACCGAAUACAUUGAGGAGCUUAUAGAGAGUUCACAAAACUUUAAAUCGGCAGAUGUGGCUUACAGUGAUGGAGUUUUAACUGUUAACUGUGGUGGCACCCACGGAACUUAUGUAAUCAACAGGCAAACGCCGAAUCGACAGAUCUGGCUUAGCUCUCCUUCUUCUGGACCGAAACGUUACGACUUUGAUACUACUAAUAAUUGUUGGAUUUAUAAGCACGACGGUCGCACUUUGCAUCAAUUAUUACAAGAAGAAUUCGCUAACAUUACCAACGAUAAAGUAGAUUUUUCAAAGUGUUCCUAUAGUUAAAUUUAAUUAUACGUAUUCAUUUAUAAAACUCUUUUUUAAUCAUGGAGAUAAUGGAGGAUGGUAAUUUAAUGGACAAAGUCCACAUAUUGUUACAAAGAGACUUGGAAU